AUGAUGCAAACUGGGGACGUUGCUGCCAACACUGACCACAGUCGUGAGCUGCGCCAGGAGCUAGACGUUGUGGAGGAGACGCUGCGCCUCUUACUUCAGCUUGUGCUGGCACCUGUCAAACUGGCAUCUGCAAGCUCACUCGAAACAGCCGCGGUAUGGCUACUCGAGCGCGAGAUCAUGCACUGGCUGACACUAGGCCCGUUUACGCGUAGGGAGGUAAUUAUGUGA